UAAUAGAAAAUAUAUGGUAAGAAAAGUAGAAUAGAAGCAUGGGAAAUUGAUCUGCGAAGAGAGAGCAUCAAGGUAGGGAAAAUGGCGGAGGCGACGCCGUCGUCAGCUCCGGCACCGGCAGAUGGAGAAUCGAUAUCGCAGCAGCAGCAGAAGCCAUGGCACAUUUCAUUUGCGGAGGAUUUGCAGCGUACGGUCAGCGAAUCGGCAGAUUCCGCCAUUCGCUCAGCUCUGUCUCUCCAGCAAAACUCGUCCUCUCAUCUUCGCUCCUUGCAGGAAUUUAUACCUCAAAUGGAAUCCCAGUAUAGAACUUAUGAAGAUGCUUUCUUCAAGAAAGUUAAAGAUGAGUUGACGAGUGCAAAAGAACACCCAGUUGUGGUUGGUGCAGUUGCUGUUACAGCUGGCCUCAUCUUCCUGCGAGGCCCAAGAAGGUUUCUGUUUCAUCAUACAUUGGGGCGAUUUCAGAGUGAGGAGGCACAGUUUGUAAGAGCUGAGAAAAAUGUAAAAGAGUUGAAUCUUUCUGUUGACUUAAUGAAGAAUGAGAGCAGAAAACUUCUUGAAAGAGCAGCUCUUGCUGAAAAGGAUAUGAAAUGUGGCCAUACUGAGCUCAUGAACACUGGAAGUCAACUCAAGCGCCUUGCUAAAACAGUUUUCAAAGUUGAAGCCCAAGCUGCAGUGAUAAUACAUUUUGUAGAUUUAAUGGAUGGGCUGCGAGAAACUCCUGGUAGGGAGGCUUUAAAACUAAGAUCAGAGGUUGCUUCUAUGACAUCACUUUUGAAGCAGCAGAGGAUAGCUCUGGACAAAAGGAUAAUGAAGAUUUCUGAAUUAGGGGUUCCUGUUUGAUAAACUACGAAAGAUCCUAUGGGGAUUCAACCGGGUUAUUAUUUUUUUCAUGUCCUUCUAUCUUCUUCUAUGGGUGCGUGCCAGGAAGAGUAGUUAUGUAAUAAGAGGGAAUUUCACUUGUUUUCUAGUAUUUGACAUACUAGUAGCCACAUUGAUUAUGGUAAUACUUGGUUCAACCUGUAAGCUUCUUCAUUAUUGAGAAUUUUUCUUGCGGCCGCCAGGAGAGGCUCUAAA